AUGGAGUACAGAGUAAUCGUGGGACAAGAAGAUGUGGUGGCUACAGGGCCAGACGGAGAAACGUAUAAGACGGCUGUACUGGUACAGGGCCAAGCUCACAUCAAAUCCAGAAACGGCACUACGGAGUACCACGUACAUUUCGAACAGUCCAGCAACAAGAUACAGAUUAAAAAAGUUCUUACAGAUAGUCUGAUGUCUUCAUCAGACUAUCUCAACCUGUCUCUCGCCGGCGUCGAAGAUGGCCAGGGCUAUGCAGAUAGAGGGACAUUCGACGUGGAAGGCUCGGCCAUGCCACUUCGCUGCAGCGUAGACACUCGAACCUUCGGAUGUCCGCUUGCUAUCGAGUCAGGAGGGGAAGAAAUUGCUGUUGCAAAGAAAUGCAACAUGUUUGGCGGCUCUUAUGAUCUACAAUUCUUGAAAGCAGUGUCUCCUGAGGAGCCCAUGUCUGUCCAGACAAAGCCGGAUUAUGGAGAGACACCGAAGGAGCACUAUGCGAUAGUCCGCGAGGAGGCAGUGUUAAUAGCACUGGCCUUUGCAUGGCGUGAUGUACUAUCGCACAUGAAAUAG